GGAAAUUUUUCCAAAAUGGCCGACCCUACUAAAGAAGUAUGAAUAGUAACAUUUAUUAAAAUGUUUCUUUUUUAAUUUAUCACCUUUCGGAAAAUCUAAACUAGUUUUAGAACAACUCAGUUUUAAUUUUGACAAAAACGUUUGCCGUGCGUGUUUCUGUGUGUUAGUGGAUUAUGUGCAAUGUAGUUGAAACAGUUGAAGAUAAGACCCAAGUAGCCGAUGUUUUCGCAUAAAAGUUCAGUUUCAGUGCUUUGUAGUUAUCCGCAGAGUGAAUUAAUCCAACAAAACGUCCAGAUGGCCAAAGUCCACGUGAAAAAAGAGGAUCAAUCGAACAGCGAUGGAGGCCUGGUGUGUUUCGUGUGCGGCAACCGCAACCAUCCGCAGGCGUACUUCCUCAACAGGAAGCCGGCGCCCGGCAAGCCGAAGGAGCCGUACUUUCCGUUCCUGGAGUCGCACGAGCCGCCCCACGGCUAUCCGAUGCCGGGCAAGGGCGACCCCGACACCGUCGCCGCCUGCUACCUCUGCUACAGCCUGCUGCUGCGCCAAUGGGAGAACUACGAGAGGACGUCGAGGCCGCACUCCGAGAGGCUGUACUGGCUGAAGCGCGGCGACAACUUGCCGUACACCGGGGCCGACAUGAGCAUCCAGGGCGAGUAUGCCGCCCAGGUUUUGGGACUGAACAACGAAGGUUCGCCGAACAUCGUUCCGGUCAGGACGUCGUCCGUGCCCGCCAGGGAGGUGGACAAGGUUAAGGUGUCGCCGCGGCCCACCCCGGUCGCAAGCAUAAUAGAACGGGAGGAGCGUGAGAUGAUCCCGGAGGGAGCGCUCGAUCUAACGCAUCCUCAGCAGCUGGGCGGCGGCGGUAGCGUCAGCAGCGGAGGACCGACGGUUGUUGGUGGCGGUGUGGGCGGUACGCAGCAGCAGCAGCCCGCCGUCGCCGUGUCGGCGGUCGUCUUCCACAGCCAGAACUCAAACAGCUCGUCCACCGGCACCGACAUCCUCGACCUGAGCAUGCCCGACAAGAACAGCGUCACCGAGGUGUGCUACGUGUGCGGCGACGAGUUCAAAAGAGGAAGUUUGGAUUACGUGGCGUCCAAACCGCAAGGUGACUCGCAGAUACAGCCCUUCUUUCCAAGUCUGAUCGAACACCCGCGACCAAGUAGAAGUAGACCAAUAGACUCGACGGGACGAGUGCAAGCCUGUACCGAUUGCCAGCAACACCUAUUGAAGCAGUGGCACACCUUCCAGGCUCAAGGUGUGCCGCACCCCGAACGCAACUAUACACUGCGCAAACGCCAAAGCUCCACGCUGGACACCACCACGUUCAUCUGCUACACGUGCGCCCUGGAGUACCCGUCCAGCAGCAUACGUCUGCUGUACUGCUGCCCGAACUCGGAGAAGGAGCCCUACUUCCCGUACAUACAGACGCUGAAGCCGCCGCCGGGCGCCAGCCCCAUCAGUCCGCAGGGCAUGGUGCAGGUGUGCUCUAUAUGCUACAAGUCGAUACCGCAGAAGCAUCAGGUGUUCGGCGGCGAUCCCAGCAUGAUUGUCAACAACCACGUGUCUGUGACCGACGUACAGUACCACCACAGCAACACGUCGCGGCCCAGCACGGUGAAAUCGCCGGCGAACAGUGCGGGCAGUGAUAUACGCUACAAACCGUACGAGAUCAAUCCGGCCAUCAUUACCGGGAAGAAGAAGCAGGCUGCAUUGGAGAGCCGAGUGAAUCUCAAGCCGAGCCUGCCGUCGCGUACGACGUCGCCGCCGGACGUGAACGGGCAAUCGGGAUCGCAGAGCUACCGAUGCUACGUGUGCGCCGGCCUCUACAACCGCACCCAGAUGGAAUGGGUGAGCACAUCGUCGGAGGGCAUGAACUCGCACGCCAUGCACUUUCCCUGUCUGCGCACCGUCACCCACCACUCGGAGAACAUCUGCAUGGAUUCGCAGGGUCGCGUGCUGUGCUGCACGCGCUGCGUCAACCAUUUGGCGCAGCAGUGGGACACCCUGGAGGCGGAGCGUGUGCCGUUAGAACGAAGAAGGUAUGACGUGCCCAUUCCCGAUCCAUCUGCCAUGAACGGCGACACGGGACAACUGCCAAACUCGAACGACAGAUCGUUGGCCAGCACGCCGGGCAGCAGCAUCUACUGCUUCCUGUGCGGCCUACACUCGGAACUGACGUUGGCCAGAGUGGUGUACAGCCGGCCCCAAGGGAGGAACGCCCCCUAUUUUCCGGACCUGAGACAACACCACAGCCCGCCGAAUGCGGAACAGCUGCGCGAAGACGGCUCAGCGUUGGUGUGCACCUUCUGCUACCACAGUCUGGUGAACCAGUGGCGCAAGUACGAGAGCCAGAACCCACCCAAGCCGGCCGACAGGCGCAAGUACAACAUGCACGACUACGCCUGCUACGUUUGCGGAGUCACUACGUAUCGAAAGAGGGUGCGGGCGUUGCCGGUUAAGGACUUUCCGUUCCUUCGAUUUCAUCCUCAGCCCGAUAACUCGUUGCUGCUGGAAAAUGGAGACUAUUCGGUGGUUUGUCUGGACUGCUACGAGACUCUGAGGACGCAGAGUUUAGAAUAUGAACGGUGGGGGCUUCCCCUGGACAAGAGACAAUACAAUUGGAUAUUACAACCACCGCCUCCUGAGGACAGUCCGGAGGCGGCUAUUGGGAGGUUGCCCAGCGGUCUACGCAGCGACAAGGCGGUACCCACUACGUAUUUAACUAAACCGACAAGGAAGAACUGUUCUCCGAAAAUAGUGGAUCGUAAACCUACAUCAAAGACUGAAUCUAGUGGUGUGUUAAGUAGUCCGAAAAUAUCAGCGUCUACGAAUGGUAGCGUGAAGCCACGUCUGACGACUGGUCAUAGUGUACCGGGACCCGGACCAGGUACCGCCGCCCAAUAUGGGGCGACAUCCUUCGCCGCCGCCCUCAGAAAUCUGGCCCAGAACACGGUACCGGCCCAAUCCAGUGAACAUUCCUCCAAUAGCCAGUCCGGAUCUGAGGCCCUUCGAACAAGAGAACCAGCUGUCGUACCGAUAUCUGAGAAGUCCAAAACCACCGCCUCGUCGGUCGAAGUGCCUACGUAUGUUUCGGGGGCAAGUACUGCAGCUAGACCGCCGGAACGUCUAAGUAUUUCUAACGCAUCGGAUCGCUAUCCGCCCUCCGCAACCCUGUCAGAUCUCAGCAGAAGCGGCUUCCAGCCUUACCGGCCCGAAGAUAGACAUUUGUUUAGAAUACCUCCUGUACCGGUACCGGUGGACGUUGCCGGUUAUCCACCUUACGCGCCCUAUCCAACUCUACCUCUGGCCAUUGAUGAACAAAUGUAUUACGAAAGAUUGGGCAUUCUUAGGUCGACUUGGCCACCAAUCACUCCGGCCUAUAUCCCAUAUGUAUUGCACAGCUCUAUGCCAUUGUACAUGCAUGAAAGGAUAAAAUUAGAGGAAGAACAUCGACAACGCCUAGCUUUGGCCCGCAAGGAGGACUCCGAAAGGGAACACCUCGAAAUGCUGCAGCAGCAACGGGAAAGAGAACAACGAGAGAAAGACCGUGCGCAAAGGGAACGUGAAAAGGCCCAGUCGCGACUCUCCCACUUGCCCCCGUCGCCCCAUAUGCCAGCCCAACCCUCCCUCAUGAUCCCCAUGCUACAUCACUCCUCGAUGUUGCCAACGGCCAUGAGACACUCACCUCUCAACUCCGGCUUCCUAUCGCCCAGCACCAUACCGCAAAACUACUCGGUGCCCCGUUCCAGCCCCUCGCUCCAAAGACACUCUCCGACGGUGCAUCCGCCCACCAAUUACUCGUUGAACUUGAGUCAGAGACGCAGUCCCAUCAUUCAGCCAUCGGGACCUCUCAUAAACAACGUGAACCCUCCGUCGACGAGCUCUAGUCAUAAUCCGCCCCGUUCGUCCCCCAAACUGCCCCCAUCCAAAUCCAGCACCCCGAAAAACACGAUGUCCACCACGCCGCCAGUAUCAAGCAAUAACGGAGGAGGACUUGGAAUUGCACCGGCGGCUGGUAACGCCACGAAUCCCAGUCUCAUCCCGGAACAGAUGCCGGUUGUGGCAGUGACCACAAGCGUAUCCCCAGCGGCCACGAAAACACCGGAGAUCAGCGUGACCAGCGCAAACGAAACCAUUAGAGAUAACGGCGAGACAGCCUGACCU